AUGGCUACAACCGACGCCUCCGCCCCGCUCUUCGACGCGUCCCUCAUCUCGCCAGACGUCCUCAAGGCACUCCCCGAGGGAUACAACUGCCGUCCGAUCCGGCAGCAGGACUACCAUAAUAACUUUUUGGAGGUGCUGAGGGUGCUUACUACGGUUGGGGAUGUGACUGAGGAGCAAUGGAACGAACGCUACUCCUGGAUGGCCGCGCGCAACGACUCGUACUACCUACUCUGCAUUACGGACUCGAGCGACAAAAUUGUCGGUACUGGCGCGUUGAUCGUCGAGCGCAAGUUUAUCCACUGCUUGGGGGUGGUGGGGCAUAUUGAGGAUAUCGCUGUUGCGAAGGAUCAACAGGGGAAGAAGUUGGGGUUGAGGAUUAUCCAGGCGUUGGAUUUUGUGGCGGAGAAGGUUGGGUGUUACAAGACUAUUCUUGACUGCUCCGAGGCCAAUGAGGGAUUCUAUGUCAAGUGUGGGUUUAAGCGCGCGGGGCUCGAGAUGGCGCAUUACUAUGGACGGUGA